AUGCGAAAUAUCGUCGAUCCAAUUUUGAAAACCGGAGCCUGCCUGAUAAACAUUGGGCGAAGCACAUUCGGAAAGAUUCUGCACAUAUUUACUCCGUUGAUGGACAGGCUUCUAUGUAAGGAUGCUAUUUUCAUCCAGAUGUCCAGGCAGCAAAUGCAGAAAUCUUCCGAAUAUUUCUUCAGAAGGUAUCAACUGCCAAAAAUAGUCGCCUGUGUGGAUGGAACUCACAUAAAAAUUCAGAAGCCUGUAAACAAUUCGUCUGUUUUCUUUAAUAGAAAGGGUUAUUACAGCAUGAACGCCAUGGUGGUUUGCAACUAUAAUAUGGAGAUCAUCGCAAUUGAUGCCACUCACCCUGGAUCCUGCCAUGAUUCUUUUAUUUGGAACCACUCCGACGUCAGGGAAUAUUUUUCCAGGAAUAUAAACGGGCAUUUUGUUUUGGCGGAUUCCGGAUACGCCCUAGAAAGUUUCGUCUUAACUCCCUACAGGAGCGCAGAGAUUGGGACGCAUCAACAUAUUUUUAACAUAAGACAUACAGGAGCCAGGAACAUUAUCGAACGGACAAUUGGAGUGCUUAAAAGCCCUUUCCGUUGCUUGCAACGAUGCUUGAAUUACGAUCCAGUUUUUUGUUGCCACAUUAUCAAUGUAUGCUGUGCCUUGCACAACAUUUGUAGAAGGCGAAAUGUCUCAAUAACUGAGGACUUUCAUUUUGACGAUACAGAAGAGGCUUUAGACGAAAAUGAACCAGAGCACAGUGCUGUGCUGCGCAAAGGUUUUGGAGGUCGGGUUCAGUUGAGCGCCGGCGCUUUCGGCUUGGCUCCUUUGGCUCCUCGACUACCGUGUCCCGAUUUGGGGUUUCUUCCUCCUCCACUCCCGAAUCUGGCUUCACGGUAG